AUGAGCGCUAAAAAACGCACUAUCAGUGACUUUUUUAAAACAAAACCAAGCACAAAUUAUUCAUUAGAAUUCAGUGAGGUAACUGAAACGGACGAAACGGUUGGUGAUGCUGUUGCAGCAAAUGCUGCAGGUGAUUGUAAAAAUGACAAUAUUGGAGAAGCCAGCUGCAGUUAUCCCAAAAAAAGAAAGACACAGGGCCAGUUCCUGGAAGAUGAGGUAGAUGACACAGUUCACGAUGUAUCCACUUUAAGGUUGGACACGGUGCACAACAGCGAUGCUGAUGAUAAUCCUAUGGCUCUGACUGAUUUGGUCCAGUCCCUAGAUGAACCUCCAAGGCAACCAGCUUUGCUGAGCUUCCCGAAAACAAGAUUUUUUUCGAAGCAAUGCACAGGGGCAUCAAAAACUUUUAUUUCUGAAGGUUACAAAAACUGGAAAAGAGCUACAGAAACAAAAGCUGGAUUCAAAUAUCAUAACAAUAGCUUUCAACACAAAAGUGCUAUGGUAGCUUGGCAAUCUUUUAAAAGUACUAAAAAUCAGCAGUCAGUAGCAUCUCAAAUAAGCACCGCGCAUACUAAAUUGAUUCAACAAAAUCGGGAAUAUAUUAAAUCUAUUGUUCGAUGUAUAAUUUAUUUGUCUACCCAGGGUCUUGCUUUAAGAGGGCACGACGAAUCCACGACGACUGGUCAAAACAGAGGUAAUUUUUUGGAAUUAUUAGAUCUGAUAUCACGUGACAAUAAAAUAAUUGCAAAAAGGCUAUUAGAGGGUCCAAAAAAUGCGAAGUAUACGCAGCAUUCUAUUCAAAAUGAGCUGAUACAUUGUCUAGCUGAACUAACUAAUAAACAUAUUAGUAAUGAAGUCAAGGAGGCCCCUUAUUUUGCCCUUAUGGCUGACGAAACAAAAGACCCAAGUAAAACUGAGCAGCUAUCAAUAAUAGUUAGAUAUUACUUAAACGGUGUGUUGUACGAGCGGUUUUUGGGCUAUGAAGCAGCAGACAAAUUAGAUGCAUCGUCACUUUUUCAGUUCAUUAGGAAAAGGUUAAGUGAGUGUGAAAUUGAUAUAAGUUGUUGCGUGGCGCAAACUUAUAAUGGAGCCAACGUUUAUGAGAAGAAAGGUUAA